ACAGGACGCCUCGUAAACAAAAAAUCGGAUCGCGGAAAACCAAGCUCGCUUCUUCAGUUCUUCGGUGGAAAUCAGAAUUUUCCUUUUCCAGUGCCGCUUUGUUUAAACAUCCCAAUAAUCCGGAGCCAAGUUAGGCCAGCUCUGUUCGGUGAUGGAUCCUAUAACGCUUCCAAGCACCGACACGAGUACGUUCUGCCGGUUAUGCCUGUCGAGCAUAAAUCUGAUGAUCGUGAUAAGGAGGGAUAAGGCGGAUCUAGCGGCGCACGAGACGCUGCUUGAGCUGCUCCGUAACCAUCUUCGACUGCAGUUGGACGAGUUGAAGGAUUUUCCGUGCGCGGUGUGCGAAGUGUGCAUCACCGUGCUGCGCGACUUCGAUGCCCUACAUCAAAACGCUCGCAGGUACACCAGAGCUCUGCGGGAUUUGCUACAAGAGAAGUACAGCACCGUGCCGACAAAUAAUGAAGCCACGAGAUUAUCACGGGUACGGAUUACGAAACCAACACAAAUCCAGCCAUUAUUGGAGGAAAAUGUGUUGCUAGAGAUCUGCGAGGCGCCCUUGCAUGGGGAAGAUGAGGCGAUUGAACAGCGUACCCUACAGCAUGAUGAAAUCGUACUCGAGGAGUAUCACGUAACGGAUGUACCGAGCGAUGAUGAACGGGUCAACGUUGAACCGAAAAAGUAUGUUCCAGAAAACCGUGGCCAAAUCAGCAGAAUUGCACCGGUAGUGAAAUCUCCAAUGAUCAGGCCGUACGAGCUGGCGAACGGUGGUCCAUCACGUAAGGUGCUACACCCUGCUGCAGUAAGAGGAAUCGUCGUAGGAACAUCAUCCUCGCCUGUCGUAAAUACAAACAAGACUCCACCUUUCACUCCGGAAUCGAUCGGUAAAACUAAGAAUCCUACCCCAACGCAACUGGUGCGUGUCGCUGCUAAAGCACUGAUGGUUACUCCUGUCCAUCAGGCGAAAGAUCUUGAUACCGAUGGUGGAGGGAUUCAGGGAACUGCGAAAAAACUGUUCCGAUGCGAACACUGCUCGAGCCGAUUCGUCGAGUUGAAGAACUACUAUAACCACGCCUGCAAAAAAGGGUUCAAGGAGGUCCAGCUCAAUCGCAAGGAGCGAGCACCACCAAUCGAGGUGGAUUUGCAACGGUUCCGUUGCGGCGUGUGUGAUGCUGGCUACCGGAACAAGCUUCACUUCCACAAACACGAGUUCGAAGCACACGGUAUCUGUAAUGAAGACUACGGAGUCAAGUGCAGCAUCUGCGAUAUGAUGUUCUCGCAGAAACAGGACUACCGAUUGCACGUUGCGGCGUUGCAUCCAAGCGAUCUCAAAUUUACGAUCGACAUGAGUCCAAGCCAGACGAACAGUGAGGGAGAGAUUUCGUUGAAAAAGGUAGUAAAGAAAAUCAACUAAAAAUCCUAGCUGUUCGGUUCCUCGAAGGGGAGGAACCAUUUCUCAGUAUCGACCGUACUAGGCGAUUAUUAUUGUAUCUGGUGAAGAGAAUUGGUUUUAGUAAGUGUGUGCAUGUGAAUAAAUUAAAUUAAA